AUGAUAGUGAGAAGUAGUCAACUAGCACUGAGUGACUGUGGCACUGAAGCGAGGCGUCCGCAGGCUACUGACAUCUCUGUGGAGUGCGGCACUUCAUCCAUUGGUCUGGCGAUUGAGAUAUGCCCGGUCAUCUACACCGGCUACAAUGAUACCCUUCUGAUCCUGAACCAUAUGUUGGACCCAGCCUGUAGAGCAACCCUUGACGAGUCUGUAAGCCCACCUGUCGCUCGCUUCAACUUCCCUCUGAAUAUGACCCAUGCCUGUGGAAGCAUAUUCAGGACCACGAGCGCUGCAGGGACAGGUAUCUUCUCUGACUUCUCCAAUAUCCAGACGGUGAACAUCAGUGGGGUUGUCCGCUCCGUUGAUCCAACAACAGGCACCAUCACUUACAACGCUGAGUUGAAGUACUACUACUCCUGUGCCUACCCCCUUGAGUAUCUGAUCAACAACACUCAGAUUGAUGUGUCAGCCUCCUCCAUUGCGAUCAAGGACAACAAUGGUAGUUUCAUCAGCACCUUGAGUAUGGAGCUCUUCAGUGAUUCUGCUUUCAUCAAACCCAUGGUCAUCCCAGCUCUGGGGAUUGAGCUGAGAACCAACAUUUAUGUUGAAGUCAAGGCCACCAACUUGACAGGGCAGUACCAUGUCCUCCUGGACCGGUGCUAUGCCUCCAUCUCUCCUCUCCCUUCUAACUCCAGCUUUUUCAACCUCUUCGUCCCAUGCUCUAAAGAUCAAUUCACCACCAUGAUCGAGAACGGAGACAGCCAGAGCGCACGCUUCCGCUUCCCGGCUUUCCGUUUCAUUGAGCAGCAGAACGAGACCGUGUCCACCUACUACCUCCACUGCAUCACCCGGCUGUGUGAGAUCAGCACCUGCAGCACCUUCAAGCAGUGCAGCAGCAGAAGGAAGAGGAACACCCAGGACACCCCUGUCUCUGGAAUCGGCACCACUUACACCAUCACCUCCUCGGAGAUCAUCACCAAAGCCGACAACUCCGCAUCUAAAGAGAAGCCGCUCACUGGUGAGAAGGAAGACGACUCCGCUGUGGGGCUCGGCGUGGCUGUUGGCAUCCUCGCCUUUGCUUGCGUUGUUGCCCUGUGUGUUUCAGCUGUGUUUUACAAAAGGCUCAGGACCUAA